CUCAUACCGAUAGCCUAAUGUAUUACAGCUUCACUAGCUAAAGUUCAAAAGCGGGCAUGCUCGUCAUUGGUCAAAGCCGUUUCUUUUCCGUUCCUUUCCCGCCUCUAAGGUGCGGGUUUCUGUUGCUCAGAAACCGGAGUUCGUGCCAACAUUUCUGUGUUGUCUGCCUCACAAAUCCUCAACCUGGCUUGACAGAACAACAGCCGAUAAACUCUACCUUUGAUCAUGUCGUAUGUAAUGAAGCGCGAUGGACGACGAGAGUCGGUCCACUUUGAUAAGAUCACGAUCCGAAUCAAGCAACUUUGUGGUGGUCUCAAUGUCAAGCAUGUCGACCCUGUUGUCAUCUCGCAGAAGGUGAUUCAAGGUGUCUACCCUGGAGUGACUACCUCUGAACUUGACGAAUUGGCAGCUGAGACUGCUGCUUCUUUUGCUACGCAGCAUCCUGAUUACUCUAUUCUUGCCGCUCGAAUUUCUGUCUCCAAUCUUCACAAGAUGACUGAAGGCACCUUUUCGGAAUUGAUUGAAGCUUUUCACAAGUUCAUUCAUCCCAAGACAGGAGCUCCUGCUCCAUUGGUGUCGGAUGAAACCUAUAAUAUUGUCAUGAACAACAAGGACACGCUCAACAAUGCCAUUGACCACAAUCGCGAUUUUGAGUACGAUUACUUUGGGUUCAAAACUCUUGAGAAGUCUUACCUGCUCAAGAUGAAUGGCAAGAUCUCAGAACGCCCCCAGCUGAUGCUCAUGCGCGUGGCCAUUGGAAUUCACGGUGACAACAUCGACGACGCCAUUGAGACUUACAAUCUUUUGUCGCAACGAUACUUCACUCAUGCUACCCCCACGCUAUUCAACGCUGGUACCUGCAUGCCCCAAAUGUCUUCUUGCUUUCUGCUCACCAUGAAAGCAGACAGCAUUGAUGGAAUUUAUGAAACGCUCAAGAACUCUGCCAUCAUUAGCAAGUAUGCCGGUGGUAUUGGCUUGGCCAUUCACAACAUCCGUGCAAGCUCUAGCUACAUUCGAGGCACCAAUGGCUCAAGCAAUGGCAUUGUCCCCAUGCUCCGUGUCUUCAACAACACGGCUCGCUAUGUCGAUCAGGGAGGCGGCAAGCGUAAGGGAAGCAUUGCCAUCUACUUGGAGCCAUGGCAUGCAGACAUUUAUGCCUUUUUGGAUCUGCGAAAGAACCACGGAAACGAAAGUGAUCGCGCCCGAGACUUGUUCUAUGCCUUGUGGGUUCCCGAUCUUUUCAUGGAGCGAGUCAAGGCCAAUGGGGAUUGGAGUUUGAUGUGCCCCGACGAAUGCCCCGGUCUUUCGGAUUGCUUUGGAGACGAGUUUGUCGUUCUCUAUGAAAAGUAUGAGCGUGACGGCAAGGCACGCCAAACUGUCAAGGCGCAACAGCUAUGGUUUGCAAUCUUGGACGCGCAAGUGGAGACGGGAACUCCUUACAUGCUCUUCAAAGAUCACUGCAACCGCAAAUCAAACCAGCAAAACCUUGGCACUAUCAAGUGCUCCAACUUGUGUACGGAGAUUGUGGAAUACACUGCUCCUGAUGAAGCCGCUGUUUGCAACCUUGCCAGUAUCAGCUUGUCCAAGUUGGUCACCCCUGCCACUGAUUACGAGGCAGGCAAAUUUGACUUUGACAAGUUGAAGGAGAUCGCCAUGGUUGUAACCAAGAAUCUCAACCGUAUCAUUGACAGAAACUUCUACCCCAUUCCCGAAGCCAAGAAGUCCAACUUGCGUCAUCGCCCCAUUGGUAUCGGUGUACAAGGCCUCGCAGACGCGUUCAUGCUGCUCAAGAUUCCGUUUGAUUCGCCCAUUGCUCGGCAAUUGAACAAGGACAUCUUCGAGACUAUCUACUUUGGAGCCUGCACUGCCAGUUGUGAUCUCGCGGCCGUGGAUGGACCUUACGAGACUUAUGAAGGAUCACCCGCCAGUAAGGGGAAGCUUCAGUUUGAUCUGUGGGACGUUACCCCUGAAAGUGGCCGAUGGGAUUGGGAUGGCCUCAAGGAGAAGAUUGCAGAGCACGGAAUGCGCAACUCUUUGCUCGUGGCACCAAUGCCCACCGCGUCGACCGCCCAAAUUCUUGGCAACAACGAGAGUACAGAGCCAUUCACAUCGAAUAUGUACAAUCGCCGCGUCCUGGCAGGUGAAUUCACAGUGGUCAACAAGCAUCUAUUGCGCGAGCUCACUUCAAAAGGUCUGUGGACCGAGAAAGUUCGCAACCGCAUCAUUGCCGACCGUGGAUCAGUGCAGAAUGUGUUUGACAUUCCCCAAAACAUUCGCGAAAUCUACAAGACGGUUUGGGAGAUCCCUCAACGCUCCGUUUUGGACAUGGCCGCAGAUCGUGCUCCAUAUAUUUGCCAGAGCCAGAGUUUGAAUGUGCACAUUGCCGAUCCAAACAGUUCCAAACUCACGAGCAUGCACUUUUAUGCCUGGAAGAAGGGGUUGAAGACAGGAAUGUAUUACUUGCGAACACAACCCAAGGCAGACGCCAUUCAAUUCACUGUGGAUCAGGAAAAAUUGGCUGCCGACACACGAACUUCCUCCGCUUCCCCACCCAAGAUGGAAAAGGAGAACGGUGCCAUCUUCGUGAAGGGUUCUCCUCAGGGCAUCAAGGGCCUCGACACUCAAGAUGACGAGGAUGAGUGCCUCAACUGUGGCGCCUAAGCGGCCGAUGGAGUCCCACAUCUCAUAUUCAGUCCGGAAGCGAAUAU